ACCUGAAGGUCAGGAUCGCGGGCGUCCCCGUCCCAGCCCCGGACGGCCCCGGGAGCGCGCCCAGCCCCGAGGACUUUGUUAUUUCUGGUCCGCCCCCUACGCCCCGGCGCUGCCGCCGCCUUCCAGCCCGAGUUCCGGAGACUCAACAUGACGCUGCUGGCCAGGGUUUUCUUUGCUCGGGGGUCCUGGCUCCCCUGUGGCCUUGCUCCGCGGCGGUUUUUCAGUUAUGGGACAAAAGUAUUAUAUCAAAAUACUGAAGCUUUGCAGUCUAAAUUCUUUUCACCCCUUCAAAAAGCAAUGCUACCACCGAAUAGUUUUCAAGGAAAAGUGGCAUUCAUUACUGGGGGAGGCACUGGCCUUGGUAAAGGAAUGACGACUCUUCUGUCCAGCCUGGGUGCUCAGUGCGUGAUAGCCAGCCGGAAGAUUGAUGUUUUGAAAGCCACUGCAGAAGAAAUUUCUUCUCAAACUGGAAAUAAGGUUCAUGCAAUUCAGUGUGAUGUAAGGGAUCCUGAUAUGGUUCAAAACACUGUGUCAGAACUGAUCAAAGUUGCAGGACAUCCUAAUAUUGUGAUCAACAAUGCAGCAGGAAAUUUUAUUUCUCCUACUGAAAGACUUUCUCCUAAUGCUUGGAAAACCAUAACUGACAUAGUUCUAAAUGGCACAGCCUUCAUGACACUAGAAAUUGGAAAACAACUAAUUAAAGCACAGAAAGGAGCAGCAUUUCUUGCUAUUACAACUAUCUAUGCUGAGACUGGUUCAGGUUUUGUAGUACCGAGUGCUUCUGCCAAAGCAGGCGUGGAAGCCAUGAGCAAAUCUCUUGCGGCUGAAUGGGGUAAAUAUGGUAUGCGAUUCAAUGUGAUUCAACCAGGGCCUAUAAAAACCAAAGGUGCUUUUAGCCGUCUGGACCCAACUGGAGCAUUUGAGAAAGAAAUGAUUGACAGAAUUCCCUGUGGUCGCCUGGGGACUGUGGAAGAACUUGCAAAUCUUGCUGCUUUCCUUUGUAGUGAUUAUGCUUCUUGGAUUAAUGGAGCAGUCAUUAAAUUUGAUGGUGGAGAGGAAGUACUUAUUUCAGGGGAAUUCAACAGUCUGAGAAAGGUCACCAAGGAGCAGUGGGACACCAUAGAAGGACUUAUCAGGAAGACAAAAGGUUCCUAAGACCACUCCGGACUUCAUCUUGCUUAUAAACAAGGGAAUAGAAAUGAAACUAUCUCUUAUCUUUUGACUAUUUCAAGUCUAAUAAAUUGUUAAUUAACAAACA